GGUUGACUAAAUCUAUUUGACUUUGUGUACAAAGUAACUCCUUUCCAGAAACGGACGGACAGGAAACUGACUCGUGUUUAAUGACAAGGGAACCCAUGAUCAUUCAUCCUUGUUAAGUUACUGAACCGGUAACCCUAUUUGACAUGUUUGACUUUGUGUACGAAGCAUUGAUUCACUCCUUUCCAAAGACGGCCGGAUAGGAAACUGACUCAAGUUCAAUUCUAGGAAAUCAGAUGUCUCGUGACCGCUGCGUGACCUGCGUAACACAUGCAAAGUCACGGCCGGAACGUUACCCAGAUCGCCGACUUAUAGUCUGCUUUGUUCGUGUUCUACCAACUCGCUAAGAUUGUGACAGCACGAACCGCAGACAAGGAUCCAAGAUAGCCUCUCCCAUAACGGGACGAUUUGUCAAUGUACGAUACAUGCACCAUGACAAACCGGUUGGGCGCCGCUGUUGGGUUGAACUUGAGAAAGGCACCGCACCUUUGUCUGAGGGCACUGCUCUUGCUGUCUGUGUUUGGCGGGUACCGUGGAAUAGCAGCUGCUGCGGCAGAAGUUGGUUUGUGGCCCUUGAACGCACAGUUUGGAGCAUCAGACAUAACAGGAAACGGAAACGACGGGACAGCAACAGGGACCCAGCUAGCCCCAGGUCCAUAUGGAGACGCCGACGGAGCUUUCCUGUUCUCGGGAAAUGCAAAUUCUUACAUCGCCAUUUCAAACAAUGGCAGGUUGGAUGUGCGCUACUCCUUCACCAUACUGGCCCACAUAUAUCCUACUGGUCAGAUUGGACCAAUCUUCGACUACAGCGGGAACAACAACUGGGCACUGCACCUUUGGCAAUCGUCUCCAACGACUCUGCUGAUGCAGCCGGUAGGCAGAGAUGGGUAUUUUUCAUCUCACAUCCGCGCGGACGUGCUGCAACAGAGCGCCUGGAACUACGUGGGUACAACCUACAACAAUGCCACAGGGAUAGCCUCCCUCUGGAACAAUGGUGAACUGGUCAAUGAAGCACAUAUUGGAGUUGCCGAAGUUGCAAGUCAGUAUCCAGUCCGGGUGGGGGUGAGGGACGGGGAUAAUCGGUACUUCGCGGGCCGUAUCGCCUGUCUGCAGCUGUACAACUACGCCAUGACUCAAGAACAGAUUGCGGCAAUGCGGGAUGCUUGUAAAGGGCCUCCAUGGUCAGCAUCCUCCCAGUUUGACACCGUGCAUUCAGCUGAUCGCGCUGAUAUCAACACUCGCGAGACAGCCUAUAAAGCCGGCGCAUGGGCAGCAAGAACCAAUGACGUGGACCAAUGGCUGAUGAGGGACCUAGGCGAGGUGAAAGUCGUGACAGGCAUCAUCACCAGGGGCAGGAACUAUAGCCCUGAUUGGCCGCAUAGACCACAUGACCAAUACGUCACCUCAUACGUCAUUUCAUAUGGCAUCGAAAAUGGCGACGAGCAGUUCUACACCAAUGCGACCAACGAGACUAUUGUUUUCACAGGAAACCAAGAUCGUGACACAGAGGUCUUCAAUGACUUUCUGGCCUACAGUGGUUCCAUCGAGGCGCGCUUCGUCAAAAUCCAUCCCAGAACAUGGCAUGAACAUAUCUCUAUGAGGGCGAAGGUCGUAACAUUUGACGUCAACUGUGAGAUGGGAGAAUUUGGGCAUUUGUCUUUUCCUGGUGCUGACGGCGGAGCUUUCUCCUACUCUGAUGAACGCUGUAACUCGUCCUCAGCAAUUGGGAAGCCCCUGGCCAGUCGUUUCUGUAGGAUCGUCGCAGUUAGAGGUGCAUUGUGGGACAAGCCUGUCAAUCUCACGUGUGAUAUCAACUUGCAGAACCUUUCCCAGGUUGAAGUGAACAACGAGUCAGCUCUGUCUGUGGCAACGGAUCUGCAAGUGCUCACAAUGCAGGCAGAUACUAUCUCAUCUAAUGACGUCACUAUCAUCAGCACGAUCGUGCAGGAUAUAGUCAAUGCCAGCGCCACAGAAAAGAUCGGAGACUCGCUCCUGACGACGGUAGACAACCUGAUAAACGUGAACGUCACUAUCCUCCAGCAGAGCCAACAGGAAACGAGAGGACCAACUAGAGUUGUCCAGGCAUUGGAGACAUUUGCAGAUACAGUGGUACUGACCACAGAGAAGUACACCGUCGUGCGGCCAAGUGUGGCACUGCAGGCAGCCGAUAUCAGUCCAGAGGAGUUGGACAAGGGACAAGGUUUUGCCUUCUUUCUGGGAGGAAACGAUUCUAACAGCUUGAAGGAAGGCAAUGUUUCAAGUUUCACUUGGAAGGACUCAAGAGACUUUCAGCAAACUGCUGACAUCUCCAUCCUUCUACCUGCUAACAUCUCCAACAUGAUACAGAUCAGCGACUCAUCAGAAGUCCGUCUGAGCUACACCCUCUACAACAGCAGCAGCCUGUUUGUUCAGACUUCCCAGGGUGCAGUGGGACUUUCCCAGGAUGCAGUGGGAACCCGCAUCAUCGGCGGCAGAAUUGCGGGAAGGCGAGUCCAGAACCUGCCCGAACCGGUCAUCAUCACCUUCACGCCCUUACAGGAUUACGCGAAGGAAGGCAGAUGUGUGUUUUGGGACUUUGAGGCCGAGGCAGGCCAGGGGGCGUGGUCAACUGAGGGGUGUGAGCGUUUGGGGGAGGAAAACGCGCGGUACAGAUGUGCCUGUAACCACCUCACCAACUUCGCUGUACUCUUUAAUGUGCACGGCGGUGUUUUUGGAGACCAUGAGAAGCCGCUAGAGGUCAUCACUGCCGUGGGCUGUGUCGUGUCCAUCGUCUGUCUGGUCCUCACUUUACUGUCCUUUGUCCUCACAAGGAAAUCCAAACGCGGAUCCAGAACAGGUCGACAUGCCAAGAACCAGCGGCUCGUCCUCAUCAACCUCUGCGUGGCUCUGCUGGCCAUUCUCGUCAUCUUCCUCGUCGGCGUCAACAGGACGGCUUCUCCCAUUGGCUGCACGGCUGUGGCGGCAUUGUUACACUACUUCCUAUUGGCUGCCUUGGUCUGGAUGGCAGUGGAGGCCGUCAGCAUAUACCGAGCUGUUGUGCUCGUGUUUGACCACCAUGUGUCUGGGAACUUCGUCAUCAAGGCUGCAGCUGUAGCAUGGGGUUUCCCCCUUGUUGUCACGGCGUCAACUGCGGGACCCUCAAGUCUCUACAAAUACAAGAUGGCGAAGUUCUGCUGGCUGGCACACAAACCUCUGAUCUAUGCCUUCUUGCUCCCAGUUGGUCUCAUCCUACUGUUCAACUUGCUGGUCUUCGUCAUCGUCAUGUACAAACUAGUUAGGAACGAACAAGGUCGGAAAGAGUUAACAGCAUCAGGUGAUAAACCCAACGAGGCAGACCGUUCUUGGAUAACCCGGCAGAUCCGUCGAGCCUUCAGCAUCAUGGCUCUGUUUGGUCUCACAUGGGUGUUCGGCUUCUUCGUCAUCAGUGACGCAAGCCUUGUGUUCGCCUACCUGUUCUGCAUCUUCAACACCCUCCAGGGCCUCUUCAUCUUCAUCUUCCACUGUGCAAUGAGAGAGGACAUGGCGAAGUGGUGGAAGAAGAUCAACUGCAUUACUGGAAAGUGGAAGCGCGGACGGUAUCAAGUUGCCCAGGGGGAUACGCCCUUUUCUCCGGCUGCAGAAACGCCGGAGACAAUUGCGCUUAAUAACGUGUAAUCGUAUCUUGGGCCGCAGUAGUGGUCUUGUGUAAAUACUGGGUAACACUCCUUACUUAGUAUUGGGGCAAUCCACCCAGGGCGCAGUACUACUGUUUGAUUAGUCGUUACUCAGGUGUUGUAACACCUCUUCCUUGAACUUAACAGGAUUAGCAUGAAGGGUGGUUGAAUAUAUGGACAGUACAAAUUAUAUACUAGAACAAAACAUGUUAAAUACAUACCACCAAUUUGAUUAUAAAUGUUAACAUAAUUUUAAAGAAAUUACAAAUGAAUUCAACGUAUUCUAACCAUGUCAAGACUAGACUUUUUUUAUUCCUGUGACACGGGGAUAUAAUAAAGAAAAAAAUACAGGUCCUGGAAUAGAAUACUAGUGCGAACAUGAAUGUAGAGUCUGACAUGGUGUUGACAUUGUCAAGUUUUAGCUUGCUUGGUGGUACAAAUAUGGCGUUUGAUUUCACAUGUAUAUUUUACUGGCUGUAAUUGUACGCUGUAAUUGUAAACUUUUAGGAAGUACAGCACAGGUAUCCACUCACAUUAUUAAAUACUUUACAUUAAUUUUAUACAUAAGAUAAAUGAUAUUUAAAGGGGUCUGAUUGAUUUCGGUAUUUAGUGAGACCGAACACUCCCAAGAUAGCCUACCUUAUCUCAGCCUUGAUGAGGAUGCCUUUCUUAACAGUAGACAAGUAUACAGCCCCAAUCCCCAAAUGCAGGGGUGGUGAGAUGGGGAUGUUUGACUACAGUUUGCUUACUUAACACUAUUUACUUCUUUGAUAUGCACAAAUAUGUUUUUCACAAUUCACAACAUCAAGCUGAUCUAAAAUACACUUCAUUCGUCAAAGUUCUUAAUUUGAAACCGAAAGGAAAUAUUUACCUCAGAUGCAUCAGUGUCUUUUCAGUUUCAUCCACCUAAGGGGGUCUCAAAUUUAUCACACUUAGUAUAAUCUUCCAACCUACUAAUAAAAAAGUCAAACUCAACAUUAUACAAAGUCUAGAAUUUUACAGUAGGCAAGAUACAUAUGCAUCAUUUGAUUUCAUAGAGAGUCUCUCUACAUGUUGUAUACCCACAAUAGUGAUAUGUUAUUAGGCAUGAGUAACUUCAUUAUGGAAAGUUGACCGGUGUAAUCCAGUACAACUAGGAUUACUUAACUUGAAUUGCCCAACACAGUAAAUAAUAUUUUUUUCUAUUUUCCUGCACAAGUCUAGAUCAUCUUCAGAAUUCAAGCUACCAGUCACCCAAGUCAACCAAUAGAUAUGAACAAUAUUCACAACAUCAAGCAGAUAUAAAAUAUAUUUCAUCCGUCAAAGUCCUCAAUGUAAAACCGAAAGAACUAUUUUACUCAGAUACAACAGUUUCUCUAUUUGUCAUACUACUCAAAUAUUCCAACAUACUGAUAAAAAAGUCAAACUCAACAUCAUAGAAAGUCUAGAAUUUUACAAUAGGCAAGAUACAUAAAUUAUAUACAUCACUUGGUUUCAAAGACAGUCUCCCUGUAUGUUGUAUUACCACAAUCUCUCUCUCUCAAACUCAACCUUAUAGAAAGCAUAGAAUUUUACAUAGAUACAUAUAUAUCACUUAAUUUCACGGACAGUCUCUCUACAGGUUGUAUACCCACAAUAAUAACAUGUUAUUUCUAUUAGGCAUGAGAUUUCAUUAUUGAAAUUUCGCUGGUUUGGAAGAUACAACUAAUUAACAUUUAUAAUAAAUUGCCCAACACAUUAAUUGAUAGAAUUAGUUUUUCUACAUUCCUGCACAAGUUUAGAUCAUCUGUAAUUGUGUUGGAAAGGUGUUUACCUGUACUGUAGUUAUACAUUGCUAUAAUUGUUACUACCUUUGCAAAGAAGGAUAAUGUUUAUUCGGUACCAUCCGUGUUUGUUAAUGCCUAGAAGGAUUAUCUUUUUACUCCAUUUAAUGGCAGUUGCUGUAACUUGCUGAUGAUACCUCGAAAUAAUAAGAUUUUGGGCCUCCUACCGAACUUCUUUGGACAUGCGAUGGUUAUGAUUUUAAAGUAGUAUGGAUAACUUUUGAAAGGGCGAGUUAGUCGGAUAGUGACUUUUGUUUACUUUUCAAACUUUAAAAGAGAGUAAUUCAAGAAGGAGUUGGCUUUUGGUAUGUAGAGAACUUGAGCAAAGAUUGCCAUGAUCGUGUACUUAGGAUCUUAUUUGAAUAAUUGUGAAGUAGAUUAUAGAAAUACGUUGCAUUUCACCAUAGGACUACAAAACUCAUAUGUAAUUGAGUAAAAGAGAAAAUAUAAAUAAAGUUUUACAAUGAAAAAUUUAUUUCCAUAA